UCUCGUAUCCCUUCAUCCACAGGUAGCUCCUCUGUUGGCAGACUCUGUCCGGCAGGUUGUGCGACAUGCUCUGCUCUGAAUGGCUGUCUCUCCUGUUUCCCUCGCCUGUUCUUCCACCUGGAGCUGGAUGGGAUGCGGCAGAGGGGCGCCUGUCUCUCCUCCUGUCCCCGGGGUCACUAUGGCAGGCGCUCUCCACACAUCAGCACCUGCACCAGGUGCAAGGGGGACUGCGCUUCCUGUUUUAGUGAAAAUUUCUGCACACAUUGUCACCCGGGUCACUUCCUGUUCCAGGGCAAAUGUGCAAACAGCUGUCCAUAUGGGCUGACGGAAAACACAGUACUGCGAGAAUGCACAGUGUGUUCUCCAGGCUGUGAGGUGUGUGUGAGGAGGAACAUGUGUGUGAGGUGUAGAGCAGACCUGUACUUUCUCCACGGUCAGUGCCAUCUCACCUGCCCGACAGGAUUUAAGCCUGAUGUGCGGCUUAUGCAAUGCGUCCCCAAAGUGCACUGUGAGGUUGGGGAAUGGACAGGUUGGGGUCCAUGUGUUCGGAAAAGGAGCAUGAGGGGACAGGAGACACGUAACAGACAAAUUCUGCGGUCUCCAAGUGACGACGGUGACCCCUGCCCACAUGUGUCAGAAAUCAGGAAGUGUGUCAUCAAAAUGAGACCAAAGAGUCCAAGUAGGCUGUAAUAAGUUAAAAAGAGAGCCCAUUAGAUUGAAUAUUUGUUGAUAUUGCAGAGAUAUUCAACUUGCACCUUUUUACAUUUGCUGGUUAAACUAUUGUAAAUUGAAAACUAUUGUAAAUUGUUAAGAUGUAUUCAUCUGUUUUUAUGCAAUCCAACAGAAAAAAAUAAAUAAAAAGGGAUUGAUGGAUAUUAUGAUCUUUUAUAAAAUUCUUGUGUA